CAGCUCCAUCUAUUAUAACAUUGAGGUAAUAAAUAAAAAUGCGGUUUAUUUUGUUAUCACAAAUUAAUAAUCCGUAGUAAAGUUUGUGUUGAAGUUUUUGCUGGACUUACCAUAUAAACAAGCAAGAUGCUACAAAGAACAGGAAGAUGUUCGGCAUCAUACUACAAAAACAUUAUAAAACCUCUUGUGAAAUUACAAACUUGUGGACUUCAAAAUGAUUCAACCGCUGAUAAGACUGAAGUAAAACAUUUCAAUCAGAUUAGGACUGGAUGGUGGGACGAAAUGGGAGCUGUAAAACCUCUGCACUCCAUGAACAAACUACGAGUUCCCUUAAUUCGAGAGGGUUUAAUCAACACGGGUUUAAUUCAAAAAAACUUUAUUAGCACACCCAAACCUCUCACAAAUUUAAAAAUACUGGAAGUGGGUUGCGGAGGUGGUAUAUUAACGGAAGCGUUGGCUCGCUUAGGCUGUUGUAUAACGGGCAUUGAUGUGGCGGGUGAACUGCUCGAAAUAGCAAAGGAGCAUAGCGCCAGCCAUCCUUCACGGGAAAAUAUCAAUUACCAGUUGACCACCAUUGAGAAAUUUGCCGAGACUAACGUUGAACAAUUUGACGCGGUCGUUGCGUCUGAAGUUUUGGAACACGUCGAUCACCAAGAGCAAUUUGUGGAAGCAUGUGUCCGAUGCUUGAAACCUGGAGGAUCGAUAUUCCUUACGACGAUUAAUCAAAAUUUAUUGUCGUGGUUUCUUGUUGUUCCAGUGGCGGAAAGCAUUCUGCGCCUAGUGCCAAAGGGUACCCACCAUUACGAUAAGUUCAUCUCUCCACACCGCACGCAAAAAUUUCUUGAACAUAAUAACUGCAGAACCAGACUAGUACAUGGUUUCUUUUACAACGUUUUGACAAAUACUUGGUUUUGGACUUCAAAUACUGUAGUGCAUUAUGCCAUGCAUGCAGUAAAACUGUGAAUCUUUUUGUACAAAUAACUGUUUGGGACUGUAGGUAUAGUUUAAAAUGUAAGUACCUAAUAAAGUAACCCUUCACUAUUCA